AGAAAAUCUAGCUGUGUUUCAGCUGAAAGUUUGGAUGAGGAUCAGUCUGAAAUUCUCCUAAGUGUAGAAGCAUUUGUCUUCGAAGUCCAUGGACUGAAGGCAAGGACAUGAAAGUUCAUGUGUAUCGGUGAGCGCGGAGUGAAGGGACUGAUAAGAAGGUUAUGGAUGGCGCUUUGGUCGAGCAGAAGGCUUGGUAAGUUAGACUGUACUUUCAACUAUUUAUGAGUCUAGUUGUUUGAUAAAUUUUGUCAUCAGGAGCCCCAAGUGUAUCGAUAAGUAGUGUUACUAUAACUUCCUUCAGAGCGAAGUCGGCUUGUCCGCAAUUCACAUCUUGCUGUUGUUUGUAAGCCCAACCUUUUCGCUCUCUGUAGUUAUUUCCUUGAUUUUAUUGGUAAUUUUGCGCUAGGGUUGCUUGAAUAAUGUGAUUGUGAUAGUCAGCUAAACAGACAUUUGUUUUGCAAUAUUUUGAAUGUAAAAUUCAACCGUGAAUAUUUUUUUGUAAUCGCAUGGAAAAGUUAUGGCGAAAUCUCCCAUUGAUUACAAAAUCCACGGCAAACAUUUAACUCGGGAUACAUUUUAAUUAAGUAAUUUUGCCGUUUCCCUGUUUUCCAUUGCUGUGAAUACCACAGUUCUCGCCGCGCUAUAUCUUGGGACGUGAAAGGACAUAUCCGAAAUCUUCACAGAAUGGUACCCACGCUAAAAUACACUUGAGAAAUGUAAGCCGAGAAUUUUCGCGCCCUUAGUUAUUUAGAAACGUAAGAAUUUCACUCGAAUUUUAGAGGUCAGUGAAUCUUAGGUGAUGAGUUGAUUGUUCAAGAAAGGUUUUGUCCAUUCAUUAAUACGCGAGUUACAUGAACAUAAUCUGUUGUCCCAUGUGAAGAGGUCGAGUUACACGUUACGGCCUUUCAUUUUCGUCGGAGGUAUCUCAAACAUGUGUAUUUGUUGAAGACUCAUUCUACUUAUCUGUGAAGAAUUAUUAUUCCUCAAUCGCACUACGCAAAUUGAAAUAAAGCCCGGAUUAUGGCUCUAGCCGACGACUGACGCGGCUAUAGCAAAAUGUUAAAGGUCGUUUUCCCACGCUCAACGCCAGACCGUAUCUAAUUUCUUGGCAUCUCUGUUUUUACUUUCCUUUCCCUCUCAAUCAGACCUCAGAACAUCUGUUUGUUAUCAUAAGAGCCUUGCUGUUAAGAUUCUGAAUUAUUCUUCUCAUUUUUCGUCCAAGUGACCCAGGAACCAACCCACUGUUUUGCCCUCAUCUUACAUUCGAUCAGUGUGUUGUGUGAUAUGAUCGGGUUUAUUGUUUUUUUUUUCUUUUUUUUCAUCUUCUUGCCGAUCUUGACAUUCUUUUAGCGAUAUUAAGAGCUCAAAAUCUUUCGGUACUUAGUGGCUUACAUCGUCUGAUAAACGCUGCAAUACUUUUAUCUCGUCAACAGCACACUGCUUUUCGCUUCACAAAGCAAGGCCUCGUGUUAUUUUAUUUGCAUUUACAUGUUGUUGACCUUGGAGAGCGUGGUGCAAAAUAAGUUACCGAACUGUUAAAUGCACGGUAUAGAGGCUUAAAGAUGUCGUUCGUGAUCUACGAUCGCCAAUAAAUGACAUUCGCAUUCCAUCCUGAUGGCUGCAUCACUACGGUAUUGAUACCUAGGACAAGUCGAGGCUUGUCAAUCGAACGAGUCUGAACAACUGCCCCAGUGCUAUUAGAAAAACGUGGUCACUCCAGCGAAACAAUCUCACCCGUUCAUUUAGAUUUGGUUCACUGCUUUCAAAUAAUAUGAGUUUAAAUGUUAUAUGUUGCUAAAUUAUACAAACUCACAUUUUUUUUUAUCUGCAUCUGAAUUAGGCUACCAGAUUUUUUCCUUGAUGCAUUCACUGCUAUAAAUGCAAUCCCCCGAUUAGGAUAUAUUCAUUAAGCACAGUGAAUUGAUAUAUAGUGGAGGUUCUAGCAAACUGGUGUGCAAGAUAGCAUAGGUCAUGAAUUUAUUGUAGGACUUCAUGAAAACUGGUGAAUUAGUGUUGGAGCAGCACAGCAUGGCACCAAUUAGCUUAUGCAAAAUUUUCUCUAUUUUUAUAAUGCUAUUUUAAUGCCCCAUGCCUGUUUUUUUUUUCUACAGCAAAAAGAUAAGGGCUCUUCUUGGGCUGGCCUUGGCAUGCUCCCCGGGUUAUCAGGGUGGAGUAAAAAUGUUUAUUUCAUUCUUUCAACAGAACAUAAUGCGCAAGCCCUGCAUGAGACAUAACUGGAACAACUGAUUAGAAUUUUUAAUGUGCAGUGCAAACUAUUAUAUUGUACAUCUAUUUCAUGCAGUUUUUUAAAAGUCCCAAGCAGCUGGACAAACCUUCCUCCCUUUAUUUCCUUUCCAAUACUAGUUAAUUAUGAGAAUAAGGGAUUUGAUCAUGCCAAGAUUGUCAAAAUAGACCAAAAUUCCCCCUUGUUUGUUAAGGAGUAAGACACUUGGUAGCACUUAAAAGGUGCACUUUAUGUUUCACCCUUAUUGAUUUAAAAGGUGAAAUCCAGUGUACACAUAUGUGGUUUGUGAAUUGGAUGUACAUGGAGAGAUUUUGGAAAAGGUUGAAAGAUUCAUGGUUUGGAAACUGUACUGAACACAAUUUUUAGGGGCCAUGGUUAUUUAUGUCAAUGUACCUUAAAAUAGAGGCAAGCUCUCUCUGAGAUGAUAACUUUGCUGAAAAUUGCAUUAAGAUUUUGGACAUCUAUCCAUGAUGUGACAAGCUUCCUUGUACCAAUAAUUGUCUCUUAAUUUAAUGUUAUUUAUGUGAGGCUUUUAGUAUGAUUUAACUAAACAAGUUAUUUAUGUUUUGUUGUUUGUGUGACCUUGUGCAUGGAAAAGUUGGGAUCUCCAAAACCAACUGUUAUGAAAACAUCUCAGAGCUCAAAGGUUAAUCCUUUCACCCACCUUCUUUUUGUUGUAACUCAAUUCUAUUGUUUCUGUUUGUCAGAUUACAAUCAUAUGACCUCACCAUACAUUCAUGAAAACAGAUCUUUAAUGAAAUUCAUGGACCAAUUUGAAGGAGUGUUACUUAAUUCAUCCGUUAUUUAAAGCUGUACUCAUUUAUAUUCAUGAAUGUUUAUUUAUUUGAUUUCUCUAGUGAGAUACGGAUUGGUCCACAGUGUGAUAGUUCAGACAAUGAGCAAGGUAACCAAUGUUCAAUGUUUCUAGUGUCCAAAUUAGCACCAUGACUAUGAGCAUGUUAUAACCAGCAUCUAACAUUUUUCAUUUUUAUUAUCACAGACAUGUUUUUGCAACAUGUCAUUAAGCCAUCCUUGAACAUACCAACUCAGUGCCUGUGAAAAAGUGUUCUCUCUUAACUUAAUAAAGCAACUACUUCCUGCAAUUUAGUAUAGGAUGAAAAACAUUGUCAUCUAUUGUUAAGCACCCUCUUACAGUAAAUAUUAUGGUAGUACUGAGCAGAAUGUUUAUCUUUAACCCUCUUAUGGCAAUCUGACUAAAUGUUCUCUGUAAGGAGAGUUAACCACAAGGUAUAAAUAUAUAGUUCUUUCAGAGUAAUGUUUACAGCAUUUGAAUGUGAAAUGCAAGUAAUGAUAUAAUUCUGUUAUGAGAUUUGAAGAGAUCAAUAAGGUUGAAAUGCUGUCAUGCCAGUUUGUGGCCCACAUUCAGUUUUGGCAGGUUACUGAAAGACCCAUUAUACCUUAAUUGUUUUAAAUAAUACAGGAGGCUUUGGUAAGAAGAAAAGUGUGGAAGGUAGAAAAAGAAAACGAGGAUCAUGGACAGGUAUGGAGAUGCUUUCUUUAGAUGUAUUUUUGUGGUCAGCUUUCUUGCUUUAAAAGGAAAUUAGUUUCAAUUGGAUAAACUGAUCCAAUCUCAUUAUUUGUAAUUUAAAAAAUAUUUGGUUAUUUUAUGAAGGAAUUUAACUGAUAAAAAAUAUUUGUCUUCUGCCAAAGGUUGUGCCCUGAGAUGCAAUUUCAACUAUGAACAGUUUUGUUGAUAAAGUUGAACCGAUUACGUUCUUAAGUGUUCCCUGUUUUUGAGUAUUUGAUUUGAAAAUUCCCUUCUCUACCUUUGAAGGCCAAGACCAAAGUACAUGAUAUCUUGCUGUGCAUGAUGUCAUUAGAACAUUAUUCAUAAACAGACCACUUACUUGUCAUGUUGCCAGUUAGUUUCAUUAUAAAAUCAUGAUUCUUAAUGCUGGUGUAUUUAGAGUGAAAUACACACUAAUUGUGGUAUAAAACCAUGCCUUUAUUGAUUUCUGCAAUUGUAGACAACUCUACUAAGUGUGUUACUUGUAUGUUUCAUAAUAAAAAUAAAUCUGACUGUCAUAUUGAACUUUAACCUGGAGUGUUUUUCUUGUUUACCAGAUGUUCUUGGGGUGAAAGGUAGUUACAGUCCUCCAGAGCGAAUUCCUUGGUGUAUUGGGUUCAAAUCAACAAGAGCAUCAGAAAGUGAGAGUGAAGUGUCUGAAUCAUCCAGCACAGUUUACUUUGUGAAAGGUUACGAGUCUGCUGUGACUGCUAUUGUGACUGACUCUGAAGAUGAUCUCUUUUUUCUGAAUGGUAUGCAAGUUAGCAUCUUCUUAAAACCUGCAACAUUUAACCCUUUCACUCUGAUGAUCAUAUUAGUAAUUCUCUAUGCUGUCUGCCUUCAUAUUCUUAUCAUGUUAGUAAGGGGCUUUGGCAUUAAAUCAACCAAUAAACCCCUAAUUCAUAUUUUUAUUUACUCUCAUUAGUAAUCUACUUGAUUUUGUAUUGAUAUUGUAAGGAGAAAUUAUGUCUUGGUCUCUCAUUAGAGUCAAAGGGUUAAGUACUGCUUUGCUGAAAUAAUGUUACUUUUGUGCACUUGAGCUGUAAAGAAGGGAAGACUAAAAUUUACUUUGAGGGAUCUAUAAAGAUCAGCUGUAAUUUCUCCUAAGAAGUGAUAAUUUGUAAACUUAUCUUUUUAUGUCAGUAAUAUUUGAAAGUUACUCAUCUGAUUUGUCAUUUUUGUAAAGAGCAAGGGCUGGUUACAGAUGAGGUACAUGCAACCUUUUAGGAAGGGGUGCAGCCCCUUUUUUUUUUUGAUCAGUUUUUUACUUAACUAUGAUAGGCUGAUGUGUAUUUAUUUUGUUGUAGGAGAUGUUGAGACUGUGGAAUAUGAGCCUCCUGAUUCUGACACAGAAGAACCUGAGGAAGAAGAGGAAGAUGACGAUGAAAGUGAUACUGGUUUGUGAUAGUAAACAUUGUUUGCAUUUUUAAGCAGUUGGUCAAAGAACAUAUAAGAGGGAACUUAUGGUACAUAAGUCUUCUGCUGGAAUCACCAACUUGCCAACAUUUAUCAGAAAUAAAUGUGAAGUCAUAGGAACCAAAAUUGUAAUUAUAUUUAAUUUCCAUGGAAUGUUUGUUCCCAUCCUUCUAGAGGGGCAGAUUCAAAGUGUUGUCUGGGAUGGUUUGUUUAGUACAGAGCAAGAGAUAUUGAGCUGCAGAGUUCAACGUGUACAUUUUAGUGCAAAGGCAUUUUCACAAGUUGAAUUACGUGAAAUUUUGGAUCAACCUUUGAGAUGCCCAAGUAACUUUUACCAUAGUGAGAAGUCAUCCCUAGGACCUUGAACAGAGAAAAAACAGAAUUGAGGUAGAUAUGUAACAGUAUUUGAACUCAAUACUCAUUGGCUUUUACUGUUCUCUAUAAGAAAAUAUAACCAGUUCAGAAGAGGAUCCUGGGGCUGAAGGAGGAGAUGAGUAUGAAGGGGAUAGGGAAUCUGAUUCAGAAUUUGAUGAAGAUGACUUUUGGGCAUGCUCACAUUGUGACUUGAAAAACCAUCCAUUUUCUCCCCGAUGUGCUCGUUGCUGGAUUGAGAGACAUGCCUGGCUGCCUACAUUGAAAAGGUCUGUACGCAUUCAGUUUAAUUUGUAGUUUUACAUGCAUUUUGACUGGAUAUUGGAGGAUGGACACAUAGAUGACAUCAUCAUUAUCAACAUUUUGCUUUUUUAGAAUUUCAAUGUUGUUGAGGGUCUGUACAGUUAAAGAUUACAGAAGACUUUAUGAUGUGGCAAGAAAAUCAGUGACACACUUGGCUGUACAUUGUAUGUCCCUUUUUGUUUUCCACAUUGUGAUGUCAUCUGUGAUCUUUUGCCAAACAGGCACAGCAACAUGGAAUCUAUCUGUCAAUUUUCAGUAACUCAACAGUAAGUUUUGAUUUGAGGUGUUUGAAUUGAGUCUGAAACUCAGGUUCAUGAUAGCUUGACAUAACCACAACCAAUAUGGAAGCAGUACUAUCUAAGGUAUUUUUACAUUUCUCUUUUCUAUUUAUAGAUUGACUUCAGAACCUAAUAUAGAUUUAACAGGAUCAACAGACAAAUCAUGCUCACAUUCUCUUCAAAAAUCUUCAUCACUUGCCGUUACACCAACCAUUGACCAUCCAUCCUCAACAGUGGCAUUACCAACAGUUGCGCCACUUCCUAAUCUUGCAUCAUAUAUUGAGGGUUCAUCUUCAUCAGUAAAGGAGAACACUGAAAGACUGUCUCAUGCUUCAAAUCACACUACAUCAAAAGCUGAAAAUCCCAGCAAAACUUUGCUACAGAACUUCAACAAUGAAAACUCUGCAUCAGGGUUUACACCUGACUUGUGCAUAAUUUGCUUGACGCAACCUCGAAAUGCUACUAUUGUUCAUGGAAGAACUGGUCAUCUUGUGUGUUGCAUUGGAUGUGCGGAGAGACUAAAGGAAGAAAAAAAGAAAUGUCCAGUGUGCCGCAAGAAAAUCAAACUGGUGGUUAAAAAUUUCUUCUAGAUCAUUAAUAUUCUUUCAUCAUGUUUGCCUUCCAGCUUUACUCUUUCUCUCUCUCUUGCUCUCUUUGCCUUCUUCUUCUCACCCAAAAUAAUAUCAGCAAGUGAAAAGAUGUAUUUCUGAAACAAUUGAAAAUUUGGGUAUGUGCAAUCUUUGGAAACAGGAAUUGUAUUCAGAGGUUCUUCAAAGAGACACCCUUCUUUCCCAACAUGUCUCUUCCUUUAGCACAAUACAUUUGUCCUGUCAUAUUUUAGGACUUUUUGACAAGGUGGCAUGGUUAAUCUGUUCCAGAUAAGUAUCUCAUACUAAGGUGGGAAGACAGUCAUCUGUGGCUAAUUUUUUGCCAUGUCUGACUUGCGGGGUGAUAAUUUUUUCUUCAAGGUGAAGGUAGCAGUUUUUUUGUUUGUCUAUUUUAGAAUUAAGUAUAAGUUGAAACAUUUUUCCUACAAUUUAGUUCAAUUUUCAAUACUUUAAUAUCAAUAACACAGUCCAGCCAUGCAUAUUUGAAAUUAUGUUAAAUGUUUUAUAAAAUUAUGUUUUUAACAUUGAUGUAGUUUCCAUAAGAGGAACACUGUCCAUAAUGUUACUGUGUUUUCAGGAUUUUGUUAAAUUGUGAAGUACAAGCUUACAUUAAGCAGAAAUUCAUGAACUUCCCUGAAAACAUUCCAGUGAAGAAUCCCCCAAUUUUAAAUACUUUUUUAUGUUUCUUAUAAUAGUAUCUAAUUAGAUGUUUAAAAAGUUCUAAUUUAUUUCACUUUAUGUAAGAGAUAAAAUGCCUACGUAGGGUUUUUCCAUCGUGUUUACACGUAAUCAGUAGUGGUAACAUUUUUACAUCCAAAAAGUUCUAUUUACGUACUUUGGUUGAUACAGUAAUGGUUAAGCUAAAGGAAACUAGCUUUUAUAGCAUUGCUACCUGCUGAAUUUUAAUCAAGAUUAUUUUCCAAGUAAUAGCGAUCUGAGAAAAGUAUUUUUAACAAAAUAAUGACUUUUUUUACUUAGUAUCAUGUGGAAACUGUUUACUCCACAGUGUCAAGAAAUAACCUCUUCAUAAAAGCCACCGUGUUUUGAUUUAACUGUUUCCACAUUUGCCACAGUUUAAAGUCAAUAUUAGUAGAAGAUGACAAAUGAAACGAGUUUGAAAACUAAAGUUUAAUAUUGUCUUACAAAGAAUGAAAUAUGAAUGAUAGAGAACACAGCUUGGGGAUUCAUUUCUUUGCUUUUUUUUUCUUAUGUGUUAUUUACUACGUAAAGUUUAUCAAAAAUUGUGAAUUGCUAGACAAUUCCUAUGUCUGUACUUAUUGCACUUGCACCGUUGCAUGAUGGGUUUUGGUCGAGUGUUUGUAACAGUUUUAACAACAACGACAUCGUUGUAACCACUGAUUGUCUCGGUUUUUUAUCAGAUUAGGAGAAGAUGUUUAGUCUGAGGACUUUUUAGCGGGUAAUUUUCUGGUUUCUUUUCAUAGUCAGCAUGUUAACUUAAAAAGAUCUCAUAUAAUAAGAAUGCCUUUGUAAGGUUAUCUCGUAACUGUAUUGUGACAAACUCAUACUCACGGGGCUCUUGGUAUUUUUGGUUUUACUAAAAAAAAACUAGAGGACUGCCACAUUAUCGUAUCGCUUUUUGUUCUAUUAAUCACGUUUUUUUUCAAAAGAUGACGUUAUUAUUCAAUUAUAAACUUAAAUUGGUCUAAGAUAAAUUGAUUCAGCUAAUGACCUUUUAGUGGAUAGGAAAAAUUUACUUAUUUCUUAUAAAGUCAGCAUCAAAGGAGAUUUCAUACGUAGAAGUUCCGUCUAUUUCUUUACUGGAUGUGUAGAAGUUUUGAAGAGUAAUAAUUUUUUUUUAUAGAAGUGGAAAGCAUCUUAGUACUGUAUGUGAUACAAACUUAAUUUUUAAAGUGUGUGUCAACAUAUUUUAUUGAAGUUAGAUUACUGAACAAUAUAACAAAUAUAUUUUUAAGGCAAUAAGACGUAUUUUUAUCAUAUUGGUUUGUAUUGCACCAGCAUAAUUCAACUGAGUGUGCUGAACUAUAUGACCAUGUUAUGGCUGGACUGUGUUACUGAUAUAAGUGUAUAUAUUAUAUGAAAUCAUAGGUCUAAUAUUACUUAAAAUUUAGGUAUUUUAGAGCGUGUUUCAUUCGAACGUUACAAAAUUGCAGCCAGAGUUUUCACCAAGACCAGUCAUAAGGAAAGAAAGAAAAUGAAACAAGGAGCAAAUGAGAACACAGGGUGAAAACAAGCUAACGUUUUGAAGCGCGGGAAAACGCGACUGACCGAAUCACGAUUGGUUAGGAUUUUAUGUAUUUGAUUGGUUGAGAGAGUUGCGCGAAUUUUUCUUGACCAAUCAUAGAUCCCGGUGAUGACGAUCAAUUGAAAAGUACUCUAAUUUUUGUUAAACGAAGAUAAAAUCUGUUACCUCCCAAAUACAAACGGACUUUUUUUAAAAUUUAAUUUGUUGCUUUGAGUGAUGUUUAAAAUUCUGAGAAUUUUCUCAGAUCUGUGGAGGCGAUUCAAUGGUAUUCCAACCUGUCGACCUGUUUGAAAUAAUCAAACACAUCAACAAGCACAACUGCUAUGGAUUAUUUUAAUUUUAUUUGCUUUAGAAGUGCACUGUAUACUUAAAUAAGAGUAGUGUCAGUAUUUUUAGUUUUUUCCUACUUCUUAGGAAAGUUAAAAGAACAAGUUGUUUGUUUUGAUUUGUCUUUAGUUGUUGUUUUUCAUUUAAGUUUGUACGUGUACCUUAAUGUAGCCUGCAUGACAACAAUUAACUUCCUCUGCAAAAUCUUAAAGGUCAAGACGUAGUGACUCAAGAAUGUGCUCAACCCAGGGUGUGUUAUGUAGAUUAGCGUUUUCAUAUCUUUUUAGUAGCUUUAUCAAACCAGUGUAUGACCUUAGAACUGACAGAUCUAACUUGACGUGCUGCGGAGACUUCUAGCAGUAAACUUUGUUGCUGUCAAUUCGUAAUAGAGUUUCUAUCGUUGUUCUGUGACACAGCAGUUCGAAAAACAGCGGCUCAUUUUGGACUCCAAAAAAUGAUUCAAACAUUGUGCUGUUCUUAUUGUGCUCUGCUGCUUUAUUAAGGCCUUUUAUUUUUUUGAUGUAUUCUAGUUUUUCUAAAUGUGUAGCUUUGUCGCAAUUCUCAUAGAGGAAGAAAACAGUUAGAUAGUUGGCAACCAGUUGUGAAAAGAAUGUGUACUUUGUUAAAAGCAAAGGAUGAUCCUUUGCUUCUUUAGAAAUCAGGUCAAUUAAAGUAAAGUAUGUUUUUUUUUCUUAAUUCUGUAGGAUUUUUGUGCUGUGUAAUAAACCCUAACCCCUUGUAAGAAACCAUCCACAGUGUGUAGCCACAAUAUUUGCACUUAGAACAUUCUGCCGUAAGGUAAAGUAGACCUACAAUACUAACACAGGGUACCCGGCAGGAAUUGAACCUGUUGAACAGUGUGCCUUACGAUAAAUAAACCUACCAAGCAGGAGACCCAACAUUAGCCGAAGAUAGUAGACAAGGAAGCGAACCUUCUGCAUGGGUUGUCUAGUAUUUGGUGAACCUCUAGGACAGGGCACGUAACGCCUGAACCUAUUUAUCGCAUAGAGAACCUAGCGCUGAGAGGACUACCACACAGGGCACUUAUCGUUUGGUUAACCCUCGAUAAACUGUACCUUCUACAACAUGCGACAACCGCACAGUGAUCUGAGGUCAGCAUCUACGUUAUUAUAGAAACACGAGACUCCUCAAAGAAAAUAUUUCUUUUUUUUUCAUCCACAGUGCUAAAGAAAACUUCCG